AGAGCGAUGACUCCCUGAACCGCCUUGCCCAGCGUGACGGCUACGUCCGCAACGUCUGGACCGCUGCCCGUCAGCGCUAAGCUCUCUUUCCUCCUUUGUUUGAGAGAGUGACGUGCGGUGUUGGGAUGAAUUUGGAAGUGGGUGGUUAUUGAUGAUGGAUGAAGAUAUUUAACUAUAUCUCCAACAACAAAAAGGGAAUCCUUUUCACAAUGAAAUGAAAAAACUUUUCUUAACUUUUUCCAUCAACAAUUCAAUUUCUAUCCUGCUUUCCAUUUUUAUUCCCUUCUUAUCAUAUCUCGGGUUGGAGCAGCCUUCAUCUCUCUUCUUGGGGUGCCCUUUCCUUUUCCUUUCUCGUCUGGUACGGAGUACUGUUGUAGCAAGCACACACACACACACACACACACACACUAGAUAUCAUAUCUUAUCAUCGGCACAUCAAGGCUUCCUCACUCCCCCCCAAAUAAACCCCCGAGAAGAGAAAGCAGAAGAAGGGAACCGUCAUCUGGAUUCCUCUUCUGUUCUUUCUUUUCUCUAGGUCAGGGGACAUCCCAUGAGUCAGGAGGUAGACAAGUAAAAAAAACACGCACAUCCACCGCCGAAUAUUACGCUUUACC